AUGACCGCUAAACUCAUUCUCUUGGUCUGCAUCGCAGCUCUUGCUCAGUCUGCUAUGGGCAUCGGUUGUGGCUGCGGUGGACGUGGUUACGGAGGUCUAGGGUACGGAGGACCUGGGUACGGUGGAUUCGGAUAUGGUGGGCUCGGAUAUGGUGGCUACGGCGGUCUCGGAGGAGGAUGUGGCCGAGGCUUCUCAGGUGGAAGCCUUCCUGUAGCAACUUCCUCUGCCGCCCCUACUGGCCUGGGUGUCGCGUCCGAAAAUGAAUACGAAGGUACUGUCGCUGUCUGCGGUAACCUGCCUUUCCUAGGCUCCGCUCUAGUAGAGGGCGUCUUUCCCACUGCGGGUCUUGGCGGUAUCUUCUACGGCUGCGGCGAUGGCUUCGUCGGCAUCACCGCUGAGAGAGGCAACGGCUAUGCUGGUGGUCUCGGCUACGGUGCCGGAUAUGAUGGCAUCGGCUACGGCGCUGGAUACGGUCUUGGCUACGCCGGAAACGGAUGCGGCUGCGGCUAUGGUGAAAUCUGGUGA